UUUCACGAGAGACCCCGCUCACACUUUGUUUCCAUGGUGAUUUCAUAACAGAGAACUGCAGUAGCUAAGUGCAGUUUUAGUGACGGCGACGUUUAGCAUACUUAUCUCUUUUCGUAGUUCCGGAAGGUGCAUUUCAGUGGACGUGGAGGUUGUGUUUUGUGUUUCGAAAAAAAAAAUGAAUGCUCUGUCAGUGAACCUGAGGUUAAUUGCAUGCAAGGGCGGUGGAUAUAUUAUUCAUACAGGACCUUGUGUGUGUGUGUGUGUGUGUUUUGUGAUACGUGUGUGCCUAUGAAUGGGUCAGCGUGAACACUUAAUUGUUGAUGAUGAUGAUUCGUGAGAUAGUUCUUGUGCUGCAAGGGUAAAUGUUUACGUAACUGUUGUUCAUUUGUCGAGCUCGGUUGGCAGAAUAAGAAGAAAAGGUCGUGUUUGCAUUUAGAUAAUUUUGUAAUCGACUUACGAACUUGGUGAGCAAUGCUGUGUUGUAUCAGAUACUUCGGAUGAAAGUAGUCAAAAUUUUCGCAAAAAAAAAAUGUACGGGGUAUGAAGCAAUGUGUAUCUGUCAGUACGCAGCUUACAGUCCGCCAGUGAACCGACAGAAAACAAGCGGAGUAUUUUCUGUGGCUCCAGUAACCGCCAGCGAGCGUUUUCUGUCUCGCCAAUAGUGCCACUUAGCGGCUGAAUGUGGCGACACUGUACCCUCCAGGCUAAGAGAUUGGUGUGUUUUCUUAGAAGUGUGAAGGCGCCAGGUCUCGUGGCCUGAAAUUGGAGCUGGUUAGCUUAGGUCUCAUCUCGUUGAUGGGUACACAGUCACGCGAACCUGCUUGCCGCGAUGGUUGUGUCAGGAGCCCUGGUAUGGUGCCGUCGAGAUGGGAAACUUCAGCCUCUGCGGUUGGAUUCUAUCAAGCUCUCGGGCGAUCUCACUCAGGCACACUGGAAUGCCGUGACAGAGUUCCUUGACCUGGUUGCCACACAGAGAUUAGUUAUUCAAGAUGUUCAGUCGCCAGUUUCCGAUGGCAUCUCGAAAUUCGGCGACAAUUUCACCAAUUUAAUACAAGAACAGAAGUGUGCUAAGAAGUAUUCUUUGACUGAUGUUGUUGAUGAUGAUGAUGGACUGAGGAUAGCAGGUGGUUUGGGUUGGUUGUCCGGAGGGCGACAGCGAAGUGCUGAAGACGUUCAGCCGUGGCCUCUGCAGCAUCAGGAGGGGAAGGGAGAGACGCAACAGAACGAUUUGGACAAGGUGGCAGAGAUUCUGAACAUCGAAGCGUCGAGAAAUGUCGUCAGGGGAACACAGGAGAUCAUUAUAGGUUCUAAGUGUGACGCGAAAAAUGACCCGGUGCACAAAUUUGGGAUAUUUCAACACGACGACGGGUGGGUACCUGAAACAUGCGAGGAGACACACAAAGUGGCGAAAGUUUCGAAUUGUGGUCAACAACAAAGGAGAAGGAAAAUAGGGCACGUGUCUGAGACCUUGAAUUUUCAGUACAAGCUGCAGAAGUUGAGGCAACAGAUUGAUCGGACAGAGGAAGUCGUCGCUGUUUUAAACUGUCAGGAAUGCGAACAAACUCGGCACAUGCCGGAGAAAGGCGAUAUUCCGUCAGAGGCUUUACGUUUACAGUACAGGCAAAUGCCAGGCGAAGCUUUGGCGAAUGCGAAUUGUCACCAGUGUCAAAUACAUGGCGGCGAAUUAAAUCGACAGGUCCAGGGAGUGAAUAUCGAUUGUGGGGUUGAAUAUUUGGGUGGUUGUCUUCAUUGGACGGAUAAUUGCAGUUCUUCGUCAGUUAAUAUUGGCGAUAAUUUGCAUAACCAUCAGGAUGAGCUGAUGAAGUCAUACCACCAACGGCACAUCUUGAAGGGAAGACCCGGAGAACAUGCGUCAGAAUCAAUUUCUUGUCAGUGUGUUACGUGCCGAAUGUCGGGGAAGUUUAUGAACAUGCCCAAACACUUAUAUAAUCAAAACGUAAUUCAUGGUAACGCCAAUUUGCGAUCUCUGCGUGAUGGACAACAGAAGCGUGGAAGUAUUCUUCAGGGAAUCCAGUUUCCACAGAUCGGCCAAUCUGACGGCAAACAGUAUCUGAGCCAAAGCUACGAGUUGCAUCAGCGAGUUCUUUGUACUGCAUCGCCGAUUUCUGUUCAGAUAUCACCGGGAUGUGAGGCUAGGCAUGAGUUUGCGUCAGAAGAGCGAAGUUCAAGGUCAGGAUACCCGGUGGGCGACCCAACUCAAGCCAAGUAUGAGCUGGACACACCUGUCUGUCAGCUGUGUGCUUUGGAAAAUCGUGUCUUCCAAACAGCUGAGCCAGAAGGAAACAAAGUACAUGUCAGGUGUCGUGAGGAUUGCGUGACUUUCCAGGACUACCAGCUGCAGACACUGAGAGCAACACCGGAAGUUGAUCAAGCGAGGACUUGUCAGCAUUACGCGGAACACGACCACGAGAGGGGUGCACAUCGCAAGAAGAAACAGGCGGUUGCCCUGUGGCAGAGACUGCUUCGGAAACACGUGACUUGCAGAAGGCGGAAGCUGGUUUCUGUGGCCGUCGUCCAGCCGACGUUGUCACCACCGCAGAUACCAUGGUAUUUUGGCAAGAUAAAGCGUAUAGAGGCAGAGAAGAAGUUAUUGUUGCCAGAAAACGACCAUGGGGCAUUCCUCAUAAGAGACUCGGAGAGCCGUCGAAACGAUUACUCCCUUUCUGUUCGGGAUGGAGACACAGUGAAACACUAUCGCAUCAGACAACUGGACGAAGGUGGAUUCUUUAUCGCACGUCGCACGACGUUCCGAACGCUGCAGGAGUUGGUUGAACAUUACAGCAAGGAUGCAGAUGGCCUGUGCGUGAAUCUACGCAAACCAUGCGUCCAAAUUGAGAAGCCGAUGACAAGUGGCCUGUCUCACAGCACACGAGACCAAUGGGAGAUUGAACGAUGUUCCCUCAAGUUUGUGCGCAAGUUGGGACACGGGCAGUUCGGUGAGGUGUGGGAGGGUCUCUGGAACAACACCACGCCUGUUGCCAUCAAGACGUUGAAACCAGGUACAAUGGACCCCAAGGAUUUCCUGGCUGAGGCACAGAUCAUGAAGAAGCUGCGGCAUCAGAAGUUGAUCCAACUGUACGCAGUGUGUACCAUGGAGGAACCGAUUUACAUCAUCACAGAACUCAUGAAGAAUGGCAGUCUACUGGAGUUCCUACAGGGUAAAGGGCGCACGCUGAAAUUGCCACAACUCAUAGACAUGGCGGCACAGAUUGCUGCCGGAAUGGCGUACUUGGAGUCACAGAAUUACAUCCACCGAGACUUAGCCGCCCGCAAUGUGCUUGUUGGAGAUAGCAAUAUUGUUAAAAUAGCAGAUUUUGGUCUUGCUCGUCUCAUUAAGGAGGACGAGUAUGAGGCACGUGUUGGAGCUCGGUUCCCCAUCAAGUGGACAGCUCCAGAAGCUGCCAACUACAGCAAGUUCUCUAUUAAAUCCGAUGUCUGGUCGUUCGGUAUCUUGCUCACGGAACUUGUCACGUAUGGUCGUAUACCUUACCCAGGGAUGACAAACGCUGAAGUACUGCACCAGGUGGAGCAUGGCUACCGCAUGCCAUGUCCUCCAGGAUGCCCCACAGCCCUGUAUGAUAUAAUGCUGGAAUGCUGGCACAAGGAUCCCAUGAAGCGACCAACUUUCGAGACCCUGCAGUGGAAACUAGAGGACUUCUUUACCAUGGAAGGUUCCGAGUACAAAGAGGCAUCAGCCUACUGAGACCACGCCCACCUCCCGGAGUGGCCGCCUUCAACGCUACGGUUACGCCUUCCCCUUCCUCCUCUCCCCAUGUAAAGAGGAUUGCAUGGCCGGUGACGUGCCGCCUCCUUCCGUUAGUCUUGUCAUGUUGGUCGCAGCUCCUUGCUGGGGUAUGCUGCCAUGCAUUUGCAAGAAUGAGACUGGAAAUUUGAACACUAAAACUUGGCUGUUCUCUUUUAGCACCUGGUAAAUUUGUGUUCUGCGUGUCGUCAACAUAGCUUGCCCAUCGUCAAGGUACUGGAUGUAGAGUAUCCUGUGAUUACAUAUCACAGUCUUCCACAGAUGUGUCUGUGAUACUUUGUAUCAAGUGAAUGAUGUUUCUUGCAAUUCCACUUCACCUGAUACCAAGGAUUUUCAGUCUUUUGCAGACCUAGGGCCACAAGAUUGUAAAUGACGAUUUAUUGAAACAAAUUUAUGGAAAAUGCUUCUGAAUUAGUAAUUUCUGAUAUCAGGUAACUAUUUUUCAUCACAUAGGGUAACAGUGUUACAGUAAAUUUCUGCAGGCUGCAAAAAAGAUAUAUAUCAGCAAGCUAUGGGUUGAGAACCCCUGCCGUAGACAGCGGAAUUCCCAUUUAAUGUUUUUAUUUGGUCUUCCCCAUUAUCUCAUUGUCAUGUUCACUUCAGUUGAUGUUUUCCUCAGUGUAGCAUUAUUUCAUAAAAGUGUGUCUAAUUGAGCCAUGGUACCAUAGUUUGCGUGUCAUGACAUGUCUGUGUACUUGGCAGAUGAAGUAAACUGCGAAGUUUGAGUAGAUAACUCUCUUAGUUAAUUGUAAGCUAUCGGAACACAAGUUGUUAUACCAAAGCUCAUGUUAUUAACAUACCCUCAGACACAAGGGGAGUCAAAUCGCAUGAAGUUCUGUUGUCGAUAAAAUUUAUCCUCCGUAUCCGACCUACAUGUAAUUUUGUGUUGGCUACGCCCAACUGCCAUCUGCAGGUACAGGCAAGGAACUUUUCCGCUGCCAUUCUUUCAGAUCUGAAGGUUACAACUGCAGUAACUGUUUCAUCAUGUCAUAAUGUAUUUAGUACUAAGCAUGUGAAUUCUUAUGUUUUUUUUUUUGAUUAUGUCAUUAAGGGUUGAUGGCGGAGAUAUUAUUGUGGAGGUCACUAAUAAAAUUUUGUCUGUCUCUUGUCAGGUUUAGAAUUAUAAUAUAUAAUGCAUGGAGAACACAAUUUUAAAGUUAUGACACAUGUUUUCUUUUUCUUAAUUUGCAUUCCAUUUAGAUAUGCAAUUUGUCAAUAAUUACAUGCUGUUUCUUGCAUCUUUGGGGACUGGUAUGAAAGCAUUAACUGCACGCACAUUUUAUUUUGCCUGGAAUUUACAUGAGUUGUAUAUUAUUCUUGUUUACUGUGAGGUUAGGUUUCAGCCACUUCAGUAAAUAUAGUGUGACGUAGGUUGGUUCUUACGCCCUAUAUUGUCAACCCCUGCUGUUUGGAGUCUGUUAACUUGAAUACGAUCCGACAAAUACUUUUACAUGGGGAUCCACACACUCAACACUUUGCGGUCUUGCUGCCGCCUUGCCCUACAGCUUACACUCUCGAUGCUACUUCACCACUCGGCACCCAGGAAUGCGACUUUGUUUAUAUCCCCCUCCCAAGAUGUUGAAAGAUCCAGACCAGGCAGCCUGGAAGUCAGGUGGCCCCUCCCCUCCAGCGAGAGGCCCCGGCACCGUCGGCGACGCGUCACAAUAGCGUCUGUCUUCUAACUUGUUUCUUCUCAUGAAAAGACAAGUUUCUCAGUGAUUAUCAGUCACAAAGAUACUCGUACAGAACUGAACCUGACAGAGCACCAUUGUUUUUGACUGUGCUGGUUAAUGGUGUAUCACAGUCUUGUAGCAAGAUAAGCGAUCGUUCAUGUAGCCUCAAGUCGUAGAAGACCUGAGAACUCUUUACGCAUUACUUGUGCACUUUAAGUUGGUGAUUUUCUCUGUAACAAAGUCCAUGAAUUUUACUUUCGUAAAUUGUGGAAUAUUAAGUUUUAAUACUUUUAAUGUCCAUAUUAUAAGGCCUCCACCAUGAUUUGGAUUCUGUGUUAAGACAGAUGUACCAGUUAUCAUCAUCAUCGUCCUGUCAUUAGGAAGAGAUGGAAUUUCACCGUACAGUUUCAUACAGCAUCAAAAGUGGAUUCUUCCAUUCUUGCCAUGUUGGCAGAAACUGAAAACAUUAAAGAUGCAACAUAUGAAAGCAUUAAACAGAAUGUGGUUUUACUUUAUUCAUCUUCUAUAUCUGUAUCUGUGUGGGAAGCGCCCUGUGCGUUUCGUACACUUGUGUAUCUGUACUUAACUAUGCUGUAAUAUUUACAUUUCAACAACUGAUCGCUUAAUGUGAUACACAAGAACAUUACAAGAAUUGUGUUAAAGACAACAGUGGGAAUUUGAUCUGUGGCCGGCGUAGCCACAAUCUGUGAGAGUCUCGCUGUGCUGCGCGUUGCAAAAAAUAUGUAAAUAAAAGUGAGGAGCCCGAGAACUCAAGAAUUAUGAGCAGCGUUCUUCUCUCAAGGUUUAAUUUUGAGUGUCGGCCAUGUUGCACUUUUCCAGGAUGAGUGGGCAGUGAUGAAAUGAUGGAUACCGGAAGGAGAGCAGCGAUUACGAUGGAAAACCAUCGGGGAGAAGUUUGGAAGGAACUGUGUGUUGUAGCGAAUUUUCGGGAUUGGUGGAUCAUGACCAGAAUGACGUUACAGAUGGACAGAAGCUUUUUGAGAUCAUUACAUAUGCAGUGGUAGCCAGUGGAGGGAACGGUAGUUGUUUUUAAUACAGAACCCUUUUUAUGUUAGAACGGUAAUAAGCAUUUUUGCGUAAGUGAUGUACCAAACUGUCUUUGGAGAUGUGUUAAAGUAAAGCUAUCUUGUUUAUAUGCCAAUGUUGGCACUUAGGGGAGAGGAGAUAUGGCUCCUAGUUGUUCUCUACCUCAGCACAAGAUGGGGCAAGUGGUCAGCAGCACACUCUGGCCACACUUUACCCCCAAGAAAGGACUUCGGUGCCCAUCGGACAGGGAGCUGGGUGAGCCCCAGAACAGGUCUGGACACAGGGGCUAGAAGAAAAUACUCCGCUCCCCAUCGGGGAACAAAUCCUGAUCUCCCAGCCCAUAGCCAGUCACUAUACUGACUGAGCUACCCAGCUUACUUUGGAGAUGUAAACUGUGGUUUUUAUUUACUUUUGUGAAGCAUAAUGUAAUGUUUUCAGAACGUAAGUAAGAGACGAGUGUUCAGUGUAUCGACAGCUGCAACUUAUUAUAUGUAGAAAUGCCUGUGAAGAGUGAAAGAAAGAAACUGUAUGUUGUAUUGCUGUUUCGGUGUUUCAUCAAAGUAAUCGCCCGUGUUUGUGGAACGUAUGCUUCAGUGAAUGUUUACUUUCACAGAAUUCCAUUCCCUCCACCUUAGUAAGCAUGGCUGUUCUUGGGACCAUGUCACGACUAGCAAAAAACACGAGUGGAACCUAUUAUUCUAAAUUAAUGUAAGAAAGUGAGUCAUAGUUGUCUUUUGUAACUGUUUUGUGUGGAAUGACAUGAAGACUGGUGUUUGUAUCAGA